GAGAGAGAGAGAGAGAGAGAGAGAGAGAGAGAGAGAGAGGGUGGGCGGUAGUUACAAAUGGCCCAAUCUAAGGCACUGAGAGCCUCUGCUGCGGUGGCCAUCUAAGGGGACUUGACAGAAAGAAACACCUUCAUCACCUUUCCACUGAGUCUCUCCGACUGGACUGGAUACUUUCUCAGGGUGAAGACUGGGAGGGCGCUGACACGGCUACCAUUGGCAUGAGUGGAUAUUAAGAUGAGAGAAAUGAUCAGUUUCGAGCGUCCUCAUCCAUUAGCCCUGCAGUCCGGCAGGAGCCCAUCAUCAUCAUCAUCGUCCUCCUCCUCCUCGGCGGUGGCGGACGUGCCUCCCAGAUACACCCUCCACCACCUCCAGCAGCACUACCACCAGCACCCGCACCGGCGCAAGGCGGCGGCGGGCAGCAGCGCGGCGGCCCGCAGGAUGGAGCUCCGCGGCGGGGGAGCCCACGGGGCCGGCCUGGGCAGGGCGGGCCAGCGCUCCAAGAAGCUGGCCAUCCUGUCGCGCUCGCUCAUCCUCUGCAACUCCAAGACCAGCGACGAGGGCUCCAGCCCGGACGAGAGGUACAGCGACGGCCAGCCGGCGGCGUGCUGGGAGGCGGACCGGGAGAGGACCUGGGGGAAGACUGAGGACGGAGCGCCGCACUGCCCGGAGUUCAUCCUCAUCCCGAGCACCACCAUCACCGCCAAAGCCUCCACCACCACCACCACCCAACAGGCACGCUUGCCUACAGCACAGCACAGAGCAGAGGACAGCAAGAAGAGUAUGAGAAGGUCCUUCUCCAUAAAGGAGAGCAGUAUCUGGAGAAUGUGUGUUGCGACUGGCGAGGAGGGUCUGGGACCUCAGACGGGCGAUAACAGGCUCCGCGCGCUCGACAAAGGCCCCAGUGUCUGCCAGGCGCGCGCAGGCGAGGAGCGACUCAGGGACGGUAGCGUUGAACCUGGGAUCAAGCUGGCCCCGUUUAACGGGCAGAUCAUAAAUGGCCACGCAGCACAGGCCAGGGAGGAAUCCGGCAGGGAGCUGGCGCUGACGGCCGUUCACAUAAAGAGCUGCACUGAUCUGGAUGGUCCUCCCUCGAACAACGGCGGCUUACAUCCAACGGCCUCAGCUAAUCCUGCAGACGCUCAGUCCAGCCUCAGCUAUGGAGACAAGGAGGCGGUGGGACCCAGCAACCUUAGGAUUCCCAUCGUGGAGGUCACAGAGGACAGUGGCAAGAGCUUGGAGACGGAGACCACAGAGCAAACCUCGCCGGGCCAAACCGCCAGCGUGCACCCUUACUGGAUCGGAGACUUGGACGCCAUCAUCAUGAAGACGCCGGAGCUGUAUCGGAGUCACCCUCACGCGGGGGCCGGACUGUACGGGAACAGGAAGUCUCUUUCCCAACAGCUGGAAUUCCCCCACGGAGCGUCACAGGCUGUCCCCAAGCCGUCUCGCUCCCUGAGUUCAGCACACCUCGUCCACUCCAGCAGCAGUGUCCAGGCGUUCAUCAUCUGCAACAUCGUGCUGAUGAAGGGCCAGGGCAAGGGGCUGGGCUUCAGCAUCGUUGGGGGCAGGGACAGCAUGUAUGGGCCAAUGGGCAUCUACGUCAAAACCAUCUUCCCUGGAGGAGCAGCGGCCGCAGACGGAAGACUUCAGGAAGGGGAUGAGAUUCUGGAGCUGAACGGAGAAUCUCUGCAUGGACUGACCCAUGAAGAAGCGUUACAGAGAUUCAAACAAAUAAAGAAGGGUCUGUUGACGCUGGCGGUGCGCACCAGCCUGCGGGUGGGGGCCCUGUCCAGCAGCCAGGCCCAGGUGGCCCAGCUGUGCCGCUCGCGCUCCCUCAGCUCCAGCACGGCCAUCAGCCGGGUCAGCGCCGACAUGAGCGACUACACGCUGCCGCCCGGCCACCCGCCGCCGGCCAAGCCGCGCGACCGCAUCAUGAUGGAGAUCACGCUGCAGAAGGAGGUUGGCGUGGGGCUGGGCAUCGGGCUGUGCUGUGUGCCCUCUGCCGAGGGCUGCCCAGGGAUCUACAUCCACACGCUGUCCCCGGGUUCUGUGGCCCAUAUGGACAGCCGUCUCAGAUGUGGAGAUGAGAUCAUGGAGAUCAACGACACGGUGGUCUGCAACAUGACGCUGAACGACGUCUACACGGUUCUGAGCCAGUGCAACCCGGGUCCAGUUCAGGUCAUCAUCAGUCGCCACCCCGACCCAAACGUCUCUGAGCAGCAGCUGAAUGAGGCGAUUGCACAAGCCGUGGAGAACAGCAAGCUGAAAAAAGACAAGAGCCACUGGAGCAUGGAGGGGCUGAGGUGUCAGGACCCCUGCCCCCACGGGAGACAGAAGUGCGAGCGGUGUUCGGAGCGGACCUUCAGCCAGCUGACCGCUCGCCGGGCCCAGAAGGUCAUGACCCGCUCCUGCAGCGAGGGCGCCUACAGUCAGCGGUGUGGCCCGGCGAGCGGAGCCCAGCCCCAGCAGCACGCCGACCCCGUGGCUCGCGUCCACAGCAUGGACGUGUCGAUGACCGCUGCCGCCGCUGUCACCGCCGCCGCCACCACCAUCCCCAGGCCGGAGGUUUUGUCCAGUAACCGACUGUCUCCCACGUACAGCGACGACGACUACAACGUGCCUUACAACUCCCCGGCGAACUUUGCGUGUCAGCAGCCGCUCGAGGCGGUCAUUGGGGGCUCGCGGGGGUCCAAGCGUAGACCCCUGGCCCCACCUAAGAGGUACUGCAGACAGGAAGAUGUGACCAGUGAGGAGACGCUGACCGACACUAGUGGGUCCAGCCAGACCUCGCCUGUCAAGGAGCAAGAUCUGCUUCCCUCCACGGACGGCUGUCAGGAAACGAGCGAGCACUCAGGGGGAACUAAAACAGCUCUCAGUAAUUCAGUCGGAGACACUUGUGAUGUGAUCGAGUCCUCCAACCAAGACGAGUGCCUACCAGGAGAAACAGGUACAGAGUCGCCCACCCACAUCUGCUGCCAGAAUCGCCGGGUGGCCCUGAGACGGCAGGCACGAGUGGAGGCGACCCCCGACCCUCUGCAGGACCCCUGGGUAAAGCUUUCAGACAGUCCAGAGAACCAGCCCAGCCCCACGCACACCCCCACCACCGCCAUGGCCGACAACACGGAGCCAGAGCUGACGGAAACGGCAGACACCAAUGGCGUCACUGAGCCAGAGAGCACAGCCAAGCCAGAGGAGUCCCCCGGUGGCAAGAAGGGCCCCCCUGUGGCCCCCAAGCCGACGUGGUUCCGCAAAAGUCUGAAGAAGAACGGGCAGCUUCCCCCGGAACCGCUGAAAACGACAGAGAAGAAGAGCCCAAGUGUUAGCAGGACGUUCGGUGUGAAUUUGCGGUCUACGCCAUCAAACUCGUCGAUCAAAAACAGGAUCCACUCUUUUGAGACCUUCUCCAGCGCAGAGGGGCCUGAGCGGGGUGGCAGAAAAGUGGCCGCCCCAACGCCAGUCUCUUCCGCCGAGAGAAGCACACGCCAGAGUAGCACCUCUGUCUCCUCUGACGCAAAUAACACAGGAAGGAGCCAAGCGUCUUUGAAAAACAUCGUCGAUAAACAGGAGACACAGCCUUCUACCGUCACCCCAGAGUUGGUCUCUACCGUCACCCCAGAAUUGGUCUCUACCGUCACCCCAGAAGUCGCCUCUACGGUCACCCCGGAGGUCGCUCCCGAACUCCCCACGGAGGUUGCGUCCGAACAGCCCUCGGAGGACUCAAAGGACACAGAAGCAGCUGAGGAUCUUUCAAAGGACACAGAGGCUGCUGGGGAUCUUUCCAAGAACACUGAGGCCUCUGAGGAUCUAUCGAAGGACACAGAACCAGAGGUCAGUGAAACUGCACUGAACCAGGAGCCCGGCGAGGAGCCUUGCAGCAGUCCUGCAGAGGAUGAGGCAGCCACUUCUGAGGCAGCCGACCAGGAAGCGGCCUCCCCUGCAGAGUCGUCCACUCCGACCCACUGCCCCAGGAGAGCCAGCAGCUCAAAGGCCACGCUGUCCGACAAACCUCCGGCAUCCGAGGGCGAUGUAGCCCACCAGGCCAGCCUGAGGACCCGGAGCUUGCCCCUGAAUCCCUCCCCAUGUCCGGAGGCGAUCGGAGGCAGGGGCCUGGAUGGGGAGAGCCUGGGGAAGAUCCUGUCCUUCAGCAACCAGGUGUCCCAUGCCCUGAUGCGGUCCAUGCAGUCCCUGCCUCAGUCCCCCUGCGUCAGGACCGGUAACCCUUGGCCUUCUCAUGCCUCACUGAUACCCGAGUCUGAGGACCAAGAGAACACCUCCACAGACAAGGGGCCCCUAUCACCUGCAGCCGAUGGCACCGAGAAGGGAUUCUCUGUGAGCCUGGCCGAGAUCAGAGAGUGCACCAUGGGGCGGCUGGUCGAGGACGGCCCAGGUGAGACCUCCGCCUCGUCCGCCUGCGCUCAGUCCAUGAUCUCCGCCAUGCCCCAGGAGGAGCUGGACCGGAUGAUUGACGAGGUCAAAGCUCUGGACGACGACACUCUGAAACAACUGGAGGAGAUCCACGUGGUGAUCCUACACAAGGAGGAGGGAACAGGCCUGGGCUUCAGCAUCGCUGGUGGGAUCGACCUGGAGAACAAGGCAACAAUAGUGCACCGCGUGUUCCCCACUGGCCUGGCCGCACAGGAGGGCACCAUCGAGAAGGGCGACGAGGUGCUGUCCAUCAACGGGCAGACGCUGAAGAACGUCACCCACGGCGACGCCACGGCCACACUCCGGCAGGCGCGAGGCCUCCGGCAGGCGGUGGUGGUGGUGUGCAAGAGCCGCGACGGAGACGGCUCCGCUCCGGCCGGCGGUAGCACCGCUAAUGACUCCCGCGCGGAGAACCGCUUCAUGGAGGAUGAGGCAGGUGAAGUUCUGACGAUGGAGAUGGAGAAGAAUGCAGGGGGCGUUGGAUUCAGUGUGGAGGGAGGAAAGGGCUCCAUCCAUGGAGACAGGCCUCUGACCGUCAGUAGGGUCUUUACAGGUGGUGCUGCCGCGCAGAGAGGGAUGCAGGUCCAGGAUGAGCUGUUGCAGAUCGCAGGCUCGAGUAUGCAAGGUCUGACGCGCUUUGAGGCCUGGAACCUCAUCAAGGGCCUGCCAGAGGGGCCCUUCACCACCGUCAUCAGGCGGAAACGAGGGGAGCAGGACGGAGCGAAGGAGACAGCCGAGUGACCACGCCCACCCAAAACAUCACCGCACUCGUAACGGCUACUUACUCAUCCACUCAACAAAGGCAAAUAAAAAUAGAAGCAGAAAUCUUAGAUUCAUACUUGGUCAUUCAAGAAGACUAGGUCACUCGUACAGAGGAUUAUAAUAGUGUGUGUGAGGAUGUUUUUUUUCUUCACUAACUGGCAAGGGUGGCUUCCCAUAAGCACUUUAACAUGUGGUGCAUUUCGAGUUACUCUGCUAACACGGCUUUUGUACUGUUCAGGUGUCAUGUUCAGGGAUAUUUGGGAACUUGAUCAAUUUCAGGUUUACCUAUUUUUAAUUCUGAGAUUUGCACAGACUAUGUACAGCACAUUAAGAAAAAAUAUUAUAUGUAUUUAACCAUGAACUACAAAUUGCUUUGUUUAAAAAUGCCUUAAAUAUCACAUGUUAAUUAUAGAAGUCUGCCACAACUGUGAUAUGAUUUGGAUCCUGUGAAAUAUGAGGUCUUCAAAAGUAGUCUCAAUAAAGCUCACCCAAGACUCAAACAUUUCAGACCAAAGACUGAUGCAUCUAAUCACGUGAUUGGUUCAACAAACAUCCUCAAGAUGUGCCUCAGACCUAUUGAUAUAAGAUAUCAAAUGUGUUGAUAACCAACUCUCCCCAUGUGAGUUAGCUCGUGAUUCGCAUAGCACUGUUGUUUUGUUAUCCCAAAUUCCAACAAAAGAGCCUAAUAAAGCUUGUUAAAUGUUUGGAUGUAUGGAUGCAAUCAAAUAAAAAUGACUCAAACGUU